AUGGCUUAUCCGGGGAAUAGGGAGGAUAACAGUACUUCGCCUCUCCUGGCCGAUCGGGAGAGGCAGUCUGGAGAGAUUUGGGACGAUGCCGAUGCUGUGGCCAAACAGGCAGAAAAAGAAGGAGAGCCCAAAAGCAGCUGGUAUUUGUUCUUGUUAGCACUUAGCAUCGGAGGAUUGCAGAUAGUAUGGUCGGUUGAAUUAUCAAAUGGAUCGCCGUAUUUACUUUCCCUUGGAAUGAACAAGUCUUUACUCGCAUUUGUGUGGAUUGCGGGUCCUCUGACUGGGACUUUGGUACAGCCCUACAUAGGCAUCAGAAGUGACAACUGCCGCAUUAGCUGGGGGAAACGAAAACCGUUUAUGAUAGGAGGCGGUAUUGCUACUGUUUUCUCAUUGCUGGCGCUGGCCUGGGUAAGGGAGAUAGUAGGUGGAAUCUUAUCGCUCUUUGGGGCAUCUCCCGAGUCUUCUGGGGUGAGAGUAACCAUCAUCGUGGUGGCGACUCUGCUGAUGUACUGCCUUGAUUUUGCUAUCAAUACUGUACAAGCGGCAAUUCGGGCUUUCAUAGUUGAUAAUGCCCCUGCACACCAACAAGAAGCUGCAAAUGCAUGGGCAAGCAGGCUUACAGGCAUUGGAAAUAUUAUAGGUUACAUAUCAGGCUAUCUGAAACUUCCCAAGAUAUUUCCUUUCUUCGGGGAUACUCAGUUCAAAGUCCUAUGCGUGAUUGCAUCCAUGUGCCUGGGGCUUACCCUCUUGACCAGCUGCUCAUACAUCACCGAGCGUGAUCCACGGCUUGAAGGCCCACCAAAAUCAGAGAACCCGGGCGUUGUUGCAUUUUUCACGCAAGUGUUCAAGUCGAUACGAAGGCUACCUCCUCGGAUUCGAAAGGUCUGUGAGGUCCAGCUCUGUGCAUGGAUUGGCUGGUUCCCAUUCCUAUUCUAUUCGACGACAUAUAUCGGACAGCUCUACGUCAACCCCAUUUUUGACAAGCAUCCAAAUUUGACCAAGGAGGAGAUAGACGCUGCUUGGGAGAAAGCGACUAGAAUAGGCACUUUGGCGCUUUUGAUAUAUGCCAUUACCUCGUUUAUAGGAAGUAUUGUCCUGCCCCUGUUGAUUGUCCCAGGUUAUCGACCUGCUGUUGAAUCGGAAGCGAGCUCUCCGCCCGCGAACCGGCCGUAUUUGAGCACUCGACCGUCGACAUCCACCCUCUCCUUCACUGCAUCAGCUGGUGCUGCUAUCGAACCGACCGCCAUCAACCCAAUCCAUGAUCCCAGCAGGCAGGGCGAACGAGGGGGAGGGAGGUGGUCAUCCAUCUUUUCCAGGCUUCAGGUCCCCGGCCUAACUCUGCGCAAGCUCUGGCUCAUCUCGCAUAUUCUAUUCGCACUAUGCAUGUUUAGCACCAUAUUCGUGUCGUCUCCUGCAGCUGGGACUGCGGUGAUUGCAACAGUUGGUCUAUCUUGGGCCCUCACCCUCUGGGCUCCCUUCGCACUUAUCUCCGCUGAGGUCGCACAGCGCGAUGCCGAACACAGACGGCAAAGACAUUCCCUCCGUCCUCGGACAGCUUCAGAUCCCACUCCUAUUGGCUCUCAUCCACGCCCUUUGCAAUCCGAUGUUGGAACCCAUGAAAGAGACUCUGAGGAAAACCCCCGUGCUAGCGUGGUUGACCAUGAUGCAGGAGAUAAAGAUGAAACAGUUGACCAGGCGGGGGUUAUCCUGGGAAUCCAUAAUGUCUCGAUUUCGUGCCCGCAGAUCGUAUCGACCCUGAUCAGCAGUGUUAUUUUCAAAGCCCUCCAGAAACCGCGGGGAGAGCCCUGGGACGACAGUGUGGGAUGGGUGCUUCGGUUCGGCGGGUGCGCUGCCCUGGGAGCUGCAUGGUUCACUAGUAGAAUGGGUGACGGGGCCUCACCGGGCUUUGAAGAUGAAGAAGCCGUCUAG